AUGUCGGAUAUUUACGUUUUUGUGGACACCUACUGGCCCUACAGCUGGGUGGUCGACUACGUCGCCUAUGUGCUGCAAGGUCUAAACAUCCAUCCUUUGGCAAGCAGGGUCACUAUUUUUGCAGCAUUCGAUGCCUCGGUUAUUGUCAACACUACCGACUACAUUAUAGACGUCUAUCAGCAAUGGAAUGCCACCACCCACUCCUGGCAUCCCCCUGGAUUUAAUUUGCCCCUGAUCCUGAACACCUUGAGCGGCAGAGUGGAGGACUUGCUGGCGGCCAACAGAGCUUCCGACAAUCUUGGUGGACGCUCCAUAGUGGCGCUCCUGGUACCCAGCGCUCUGUCCUACGUCAACGAGCAGGACUAUGAUUACUGCCAGGGAUACAUGAAGCGUCUCAGCUGGCGUCUACCAAACUUACACUUUAUAUACUACGGAGGAGGAGCUCUGGUCAGGUUCCACGACUUUGUCCAUGAGCCAAGUAGGGAUCUGUUUCUAUUGGACACCGAAAAGCCACCUGAGAUCUGUGGGAAUCCUGUCAUAAAGCGAAUCCGGCAAGUUCCCCGUCGUGUGUCCAAUCCACGCUGCUACUCAGAUGGAGUCAUAUCCGAGUAUGGAAGCAACUCCCUCAUCCAGUUUGCUCGUCUGGGCAGCAUAAACUUCUACCGACUGGACUCUCUUUACCUGCCCCAAAGGCAAAGCAUGCGUUACCUGAAAAUCUCGCCAAUCAGUAAGAUUACGUUUACUGUCUGCACCUCCCGGAGCAUCGAGCUCCCGUUUAGGAACAUGACCUCGCCCCUACGCCCGGAGGAAACCUGCGAAUCCACGGCACUGGGCUCCUAUAGCUACGAUCUAACCGACGCCUGUGUUGGCUAUGACUUUGAGCCGUGUCCUCCACUGUUUUUCUCAGUGCAAGCCCAGAGUUUUGGGGAUGUGUCCUGUACCCAGGAGGCUUGCCAGACUCCAGACGAGUCUCAGUACACCAUCAACCUGAAUAAUCUUGGGUACUCCCUGCCCUGCGAAGGUCCGAGUUGA